UUGACUCGCUGCUAAACCCUCUUCCCCGCUUUCUGGUUUGGGUCAGGAGACCAUCAACAGAGCUGGAUGAUGGACGGGAAGAUGGUCACAACGAGGUCAACUACAAUGACACUUGCCAAGAAUAGACAGAAUCACAUCAACUCUCCUAACUGGUGCUUAGCUCGGGCAAGCAGCCCUGCAUCAGCGGUGGAGUUGGCUGGGUUGGAGCCACAAGCUUCAAUUCCAGAGUUCCAAUUGGUACUGAAAAAUGAUGUGGAGCUUAUCAGAGCUCAGCUCCAUGCCCAAACAGAGGCUUUUCAAGCACUGAGCCACUCAAUUACUUUGUUAGAGCAAGAGAGCAACUAUCAGCAGGGUAGGAUCAAUGCAUUGGAAGAGGAAGUAAAAUUUGCUGCCCAUUUAUCCCGUGGAGCGAAGUUUGAUGAGCUAAUACGGAAAAAAAUCCAGGAGCUUUGGAAAACCAUGGCCAAAGAAGUAGAAGAGCUUCAGAGUUCCAUGGUCCAGAAACAAAGUUCAAUGGAGAAUCUAUCUCAAGAUGUCCUUGAGAGCAAAAAAAUUCUUUGGGAAGAGUUGGAAUCAGUUCAGGGUGAACUGCGACGCAUCCAUCAAAAACUGAAGGACCAGGAGGUCGAUAUCACUAGAAACCUUGUCAGCAUUAAGAAAAUGCAAGAGAAUCAAAUGAAGUGCACCAAGUUCCUGACCCAACUGAGGGGCAAAGUCCCGGAUGGUGCCCUAGAAGAGAAAGAUCAUAAACCAGGGACUGAAGAGCUGAAUGAAAUCUGGUCAGCUGUCAACACUUUACGCAACUCCAUUAUGAACAACAGCACAUGGAGUGAGAAGAGGAAUUCAAGAAUGAAAGAUCGAGGGAGCCGACAACAGCGAAAAACUAAUUUGGUUGAUUCCAAUCUCUCUGACUCUGCUCUCCAUCAGCACCGCCGCAGUAGCUCAGAGCACAGUUCCUAGAAGGGCAAGGUAUGGAAGGAGAAUCAAGAUCCUAGAAAGAAGCUGGGUCAUCUUUGGAGCUGAAUUUUUGACAAUGCAGAUAAAAUUAAACCAAACUGCUUGGAA